AUGUCGGUAUUGUUCCCGGAUAAUCCGGGUACAAGUCUUGGUGAGGCACGAUUCUCGAAUUUCACUCAAGAAAUACCGGAACAAAGCCCGGACUGGAUAGCUGAUAUCUUCCCAAAUAAUUCGUUUAUCGAUAGUGAAGCACAUACGGUGAUCAAAGGAUUCUGUCGAAAUGUGCUUUUAUAUGAGCUACCGUAUCUUGGGUGA